ACAUUCGUUCAUUUCACCCUUAAAUACUACACUUUGGUCUCUCCAUGAUAAGUGCUAUCUUCCUAUAUGACAGCAAAGGAGAUAUAUUAAUCUCAAAGCUCUUCAAAGACGAUGUCAAACGAACUAUAUCCGACGUGUUCCGGAUCCAGGUGAUCACCCAGACCCGGUCUCGCGACAGCAGCACGAAAUCACCGGUGUUGACACUAGGUUCAACCUCAUUCAUAUACAUCAAGUCUGGUCUGGUGUGGAUAUGUGCCGUGACUCGUUCGAACCAGGACUGUGCUAGUAUUUUAGAGUACUUGUACAAAUUGGAGUUGUUGUUACGCUCAGUAACUAUGGACAAACGAGGAAGCGCCGAUGUAUUGACCGACGAAGCAAUAAUCAACAAUUUCAACUUGGUGUAUGAGAUAAUUGACGAGUCGUGCGAUUUCGGGUUCCCUACGAAUUUAGAUUUGAGUUAUUUAAAGAAUUUCAUUUCUUGUUUGAAUGAUUCCGACAAAGUGUUCAAAAUGAUGCGGAAACCAACCUUGAAAAACCCCGAGUUGUCAAGAACCAGUUCGUCACUCAUACCCUCCAAUUCCGCCGGCUCACCUCCACCUCUUGCAUCAAACAUAACUUGGAGAUCCCAGGGGUUAAAGUACCGUCGUAAUGAAAUAUACUUGAAUGUUACUGAAAAGGUUAAUGUGUUGAUGAAUCAACAAUCGGAGAUCUUGCGAAGCUAUGUGGAUGGAUCGAUUCAAAUGAAGACACAUUUGUCAGGAAUGCCACUGUGUAAGUUCGGGUUCAAUGCCAAUACCGUAUUGGUCAAUUACAAACCCAACUCAGGUGACGACUACGGUCAAGACCGAGGAUUUGUUGUUCUUGAAGAUUCCAAAUUCCACCAGUGUGUCGAUUUGAGAACGUUUGAAAACGAUCGAGUGAUUCAAUUCACUCCGCCCGAUGGGGAAUUCCAAUUAAUGAGUUAUAAUUGUCAUCUGAGUAUAAAUCUUCCGUUCCGAAUAUAUCCCCAGGUGCAAGAGAUUGGAAGAAACAGAUUGAUGUACAAGAUUGUAAUCAAGUCGUUCUUCCCGGUAAAGUUGCCUGCCACUAAUGUAGUGGUGAAGAUUCCUACUCCUAAAACAGUAACGCUGAAACUCAUUCAACACUCGACUGGUAAAGCCAAGUAUCAUCCCGAAGAACAUGUAAUCUUGUGGAAGUUUAAUAAGUUCUUUGGUUCUCAAGAGCAAGUACUCACUGCGGAAGUUGAACUAAGUGGAGAAUCUGACGAAUUAUUGUACUGGGCCAGACCGCCAAUUACGUUAGAUUUUGUGUUGGAUAUGUUCUCGUGUUCGGGCUUAACGGUGAAGUUCCUUCGUGUGCAAGAGAAGAGUAAUUAUAAAACGCUCAAAUGGGUCAAGUAUACAUCCCAAGCUGGUUCGUAUGAAGUUAGAUAUUAGAAUGUGACAUUAUUCAUUAAUCUCGCUUGUAGUUUUCUGUUUUGCAAUCACCAAUGGAACGAAGUGG